GAAAAAAAGUAAAAAAAUAAAACAAGAUAAAAAGAAACUCCUUUGUCUCAAACUGCUCAUUCUCUCCAACUCGCCGGCCACCCUGCACGGGUACUACAGAUCCUACUUAAAUACCUAGGCCAUCAAUCCACCUCCCAUCACGGAAAUGAAAUAAAAGCCCGCUCUGAACCUAUGCAACACAUCCACAGCGAUAGGCAGGCCAGACAGCCUUGAACAGCAUCAAUGGCAAACCCUAACUUCAAGCUCCAGGAAAAGCGGCAGCAUCAAAAUGCCUUGCUAGAAAAUCAGCCUCCGGUCAAAUCAAGACCGGCAAGGAAAAGAGGCCUCACCACUGGUCUCCUGGGCCUUGUUCUAGGAACCGCCACCAUCUGGCUGUUCUUCGACGCCCAGCUACGCACUUUGAUUGCCCAAUGGUGUCAACCCAGGAUCGGCUUUCCCAAUCCGGCUGCUGCUCUUGCCGGCUGUCCAGGAUAUGUGGCCUCCAAUGUGGAGGAGACGUCUUCGUCUCUCACCGCGGACCUGAAGCUCGCUGGAGAGGCAUGCAACGUCUACGGCAGGGAUUUGGCCGAGCUUAAGUUGCUUGUUGAGUAUCAGACAGACAAGAGACUGCAUGUCAAAAUAUACGACGCGAAGCAGCAAGCCUACCAGAUUCCAGAGUCAAUCAUCCCUAGUCCUCAGCAUCAAAAGACCCCAUCAUCCCAAUCUGAAGUCACCUUCCACCUCACAGACUCCCCAUUUUCCUUCGCGGUUACCCGCACCGGUAAUGGCGAGGUUCUUUUCAACACCUCCCGCGAGCAACUCAUCUUUGAGGACCAGUACAUUCGCCUCCGUACCGGACUUCCUUCUGAUCCGAAUCUGUACGGCCUCGGGGAGCAUACCGACAGCUUCCGCCUGCCGACCCAGGACUACCACCGCACGCUAUGGAACGCCGACAUGGCCUUCAACCCGCCCAUGGCAAACAUGUACAGCAGUCACCCGACUUACUUUGACCACCGGCCCGGCUCCGGCACGCACGCUGUCUACCUGCGCAAUUCGGGCGGCAUGGACGUCAAAAUACACCGCACCGAAGCCGACGGCCAGUACCUCGAGUACAAUCUCUUGGGUGGCGUCCUGGACUUGUACCUCCUGGCCGGCCCAGGCCCAGCUGAGGCGAGCAGGCAGUAUGCCGAGACCAUCGGGCUUGCCGAUAUGCCACCUUACUGGGCGCUCGGUAUCCACCAGUGCAAAUACGGCUAUUGGGACGUCUACAUGCUGGCGGAGGUGGUUGCCAACUCAUCAGCCGCUCAGAUCCCGCUUGACGUUCUGUGGUCCGAUAUCGAUUCCAUGGACGGCCGCAAGGACUUUACCCUUGAUGAGGCCCGAUUCCCCAUGGACAGAAUGCGCCAGCUUAUCGACACCCUGCACGGCCGCGGCCAAAAGUUUAUCACAAUGCUGGACUCGGCCGUGUCGCGCGAGGCCAAUUACGCCCCGUACACGCGUGGCACAGCUCAAGACGUCUUCCUCAAGGCCGACGACGGAAGCCAUUACCUGGGAAUACAGUGGCCCGGAGUCGUGGUCUGGCCGGACUGGACUGCGCCGAACACGCAAGCCUGGUGGACCGACGAGAUCUUGCGCUGGUUUGACCCAGAGACGGGCAUGGACAUCGAUGGGCUAUGGAACGAUAUGAACGAAGCGGCAAACUUCUGCGGGAACGUCGGCUGCGACCCGGAGAAGGACAAGGGCGACAAUCCGCCAGACCCACAAUUUCCUCCGCGACCCAACACCGGACGGCCUAUCCCUGGCUUCCCGGCCGAGUUUCAGCCGGAUUACAAUGGCAGUAGCCGUAGCAUCAAGAUCGAAUCCAUAACUCGUGUUGACAGCAUGCAUGCGGACAACUCGAUCCCCGAACUCCGCCGCCGUGACAAUGUGGUAGCGGAAAUGAAGGGCCUCCCGGACCGCGAUCUGUUCUAUCCCAAGUACAAGAUCCAAAACCGGCGCGGCGAUAUAUCAGACGGCACACUAUACACAAACAUCAGCAACUAUGACGGCUCAUCUCAGUACGAUACCCACAACUUUUACGGCGGCACCAUGGCACUUACAACCCGCAAAGCCCUGGCUACUCGCAACCCGACGCGCCGCCCCUUUGUUCUCACGCGAUCCGCCUUCGCAGGGGCCGGUCACCAGGUUGCCCACUGGUUCGGUGACAAUGUGUCCACGUGGCGAGACCUCCGCAUCUCGAUUCUGCACAUGCUGGCUGCGGCCGCGUUACAAAACAUGCCAGUCGUUGGAUCGGACGUCUGUGGCUUCAACGGCGAGGCCGAGGAGCGCAUGUGCCAGCGAUGGACCCUCGCUGCCGCAUUCCAGCCCUUCUUCAGGAACCAUGCCGACCUUGGCUCUCCUCAUCAGGAGUUCUACCUCUGGGAGAGUGUGGCCGCCACCGCUAGGAAGGCGAUCCGCGCCCGUUACCGGCUUCUUGACCUGCUCUACACGGGCGUGAGGUCUCAGACAGCCUCGGGGGAGCCAGUUGUCAGGCCUAUAUUUUAUGUCUACCCCGAUGACAGUGAUGCGGUUGCUGUCGAAACGCAGUGGUUCCUCGGCCCGGGGGCUGAGGUCCUAAUAUCGCCCGUUGUGGAAGAAGGAGCAACAAGGUUGGACUUUUACCUUCCCGACGACAUCUUUUACGACUUUUGGACGCUCAAGAAGGAACGUGGACGGGGUCGGGUGGUCGCAAAGGAAAAUGUCGGCUGGGAUGAGAUUCCCGUGCACAUCCGUGGCGGCAGAAUUCUGCCUCUCCGGGAGCAUGGCACGGCCAAUACGACGGCCGAGCUGCGCAAGGAGAAUUUUGUCAUCGUUGUUGCUCCAGGGCUGGACGGCACCGCCGCCGGGAGUCUGUAUCUGGAUGACGGGGACAGUGUCGAUCCCAGGGAUGAAGUCACCGAGGUUGCCUUCUCCUGGGAUGGGACGCGGUUUGCUGCGUCGGGUAAAUGGGGCUUUGAUACCGAGCUUGUUGUGGAGGAGGUCCUGGUGCUUGGGCAAAAGAAGGGCUCUGGCUUGCCGGGAAUGAUAUAUGACGAUGAGGUCGGUGUGGUGCGUGUAAAGGGGCCCUGGAGUCUCAAAGGAGACUUUGGCUUUAGUUUUUGACACCAAGCUUUGAGCGGUAAAUGGACUUUUGGUUAGAAAUAAACUGUACUCGUUCGUCUCUGGCAGCAACCUUUGGGCUGUCAUGAAUGCAAUCCUACAGUUGGAGAGGAUGAACAGGUGAAGAAAGUACAGUAUAUUUUGCAAGCUAGGCCCCUCUCAAUCAUGACAGAGCCGCCUUUUUCGCCCCAACGCCGUAA